AUGUCCUCCAUCACACAACGGGAAGCACCACCUUACACUAGAAUUCAAUAUGUUUCGCUUUCAACUCUUGGGGUCAUCACGGAAAAGAUGAAGACUAAGAUAUUAACAGUGGCUACUAAGGAAAAUUCCAAGCACAAUAUUACUGGAGUUUUGAUUUGUGUGAGGGAUAUGUUCUUUCAGAUUAUUGAAGGAAAGACUGCUGAUAUUGAACAAUUAUUUGCAAAUAUUGUCAAUGAUUCGAGACAUAAUAAUGUUGCAUGUGUCGACAAGUCGUAUUUUGAAAGUGAGGAUGAUAGAAUGUUUCCUUCGUGGGAUAUGAAAUCAAUUGAGGUUGAUUGUUUGUUUCCUACCAAGAAGGAUGUAUUGAUUUGUGGGGAAAAUUGUAAUCCACUCGAUCCAACUCAUAAGAGAGUUAUUGAGACUGCAUUCUCUGCUUUUACAACAAUGAUGGGAAGUAUGUUCAGAGCUCAACAAGUGUUCAAGAAUUAUGCCCAACCAAGUGUAACCAAAUUUGUUAGGGAUGGAUUGAAUCCUCUCUGUAUUCAAUCUGUUGUUACGGAAAAGAUUGUAGUUUUUAUUGACCUUGUAAAUUAUACCACCUUGACAGAAAUCAUUUCUCAAUCGAGAAGCGUUGCAGAAAUUGUAAGAAUUCUCAACUUGUUCUUUGCCUGCGUUAUGGAAAUUGUCGAAGAGCACGGUGGAGACAUUACCAAGUUGAUUGGUGACUGUGUAAUGUGUCAUUUUGAUGGGAAAGAUUCACAAAAGGCCAUUGAUUGUUCGUUGAAAAUAUUGGAACGAUUAGACCAUCUCAGAUAUGAAACAACAGAUCCAUUCGAAAAGCUCAUCUACUGUACAAUAGGAAUCUCGAAGGGUGAGGUCAUUUUGGGAAAUGUUGGCACAGUUGGAAGAAAGCUUGACUAUACAGUCAUUGGUGAUUCAGUAAACACAUCAGCAAGAUUACAAUCCUUUGCCUCCACUACUCAAUACUAUCUCAUUUUCGAUGAGAAUGUAAAGAAUGAUUUGAUUAAUGAAGAUUAUGUAAUAUCGUGUGGUUCGAUUGAAUUGAAAGGAAAGAGAAAUACAGUCAAUGCCUACACAAUAGAGAAUGUAUAUAAUAGAAAACCUCAGAAAGAAGAUUUGAAUGGUCUUUUCAAUGUGUGUUCUUUAUCAAUAUUGUAA